GGCGGGCACUCGGCGUCCGAACACCGCCUCCUGGCGACCGUGCUGAGCCCACGCCGGAGGCCCCCGGAGCGCGGCCCCUCGGCGUUCCAGUGCCUGUCCUCUUCCCAUUACCCACCCCGUCACGGCCCUCCGCAUCCCGAAGCCUGGGCUGCGCCCCUGCACCCGGCAGCCGGGCGCGGGACUCUCCGAAAACGACCCAGGCGUCCGGGCGCACCGCGGCCCCCGGGAAGCGGCAGGUGCAAAGGCGCCGGUAGCCGGGGAGGCCGAUCGCGGCGCCGAGACCUGCGGGCUCCCGCGGCCCGGGGCACGCACCUCGCGCCGCCCGCCGCCGUGCACCGCGCGCGGCCCGGGGCCUGGGAGUCGCGGCGACUGCAGAGCCGGGCCGGGGCGGCGGGCCCGGGCAGCGCCCUCUAGGCAGCGGAAGUGGAGCUCGCUUUACAUCCGUCCUCCCCGCCUUGCAGAGUUGGGAGACCGCAGGCUGGGGGGUGUGGAAAAAUAGCAGGAAAAGUGCUUGCACCAUGUAGACCCGCGCCCCGCGCCCUGGCGCCCCGGCCGCGCGGAGGCCUCCCAGCCUGCGGCCAUGAACGCGAGCAGCGAGGGCGACAGCUUCCCCGGCUCCGUGCAAAUUCCGGGCGGCACGACGGUGCUGGUGGCGCUGACUCCUGACAUCCACAUCUGUGGCAUCUGCAAGCAGCAGUUUAACAACCUGGAUGCCUUUGUAGCCCACAAGCAAAGCGGCUGCCAGCUGACCGGGGCGGCCGGGGCAGCCCCCAGCACGGUCCAGUUUGUGUCAGAGGAGACGGUGCCUGCUGCUCAGACUCAGACCACCACCAGGACCAUCACUUCAGAGACCCAGACCAUCACAGUUUCAGCUCCAGAGUUUGUUUUUGAACAUGGCUAUCAAACUUAUCUGCCCACGGAAAGUAAUGAAAACCAGACAGCCACCGUCAUCUCCCUCCCUGCCAAGACACGCACCAAAAAGCCAGCGACCCCACCUGCCCAGCGGAGGCUCAACUGUUGCUAUCCAGGUUGCCAAUUCAAGACUGCCUACGGCAUGAAGGACAUGGAGAGGCACCUAAAAAUUCACACAGGAGACAAGCCCCACAAGUGUGACGUGUGCGGCAAGUGCUUCAGCCGGAAGGACAAGCUGAAGACCCACAUGCGGUGCCACACGGGCGUGAAGCCCUACAAGUGCAGGGCGUGCGACUACGCGGCCGCCGACAGCAGCAGCCUCAACAAGCACCUGCGGAUCCACUCCGACGAGCGGCCCUUCAAGUGCCAGCUGUGCCCCUACGCCAGCCGCAACUCCAGCCAGCUCACCGUGCACCUGCGCUCACACACCGGGGAUGCCCCCUUCCAGUGCUGGCUCUGUAGCGCCAAGUUCAAAAUCAGCUCGGACUUGAAACGGCACAUGCGCGUGCACUCGGGGGAGAAGCCCUUCAAGUGCGAGUUCUGCGACGUGCGCUGCACCAUGAAGGGGAACCUCAAGUCGCACGUGCGCAUCAAGCACAGCGGGAACAGCUUCAAGUGUCCGCACUGCGACUUCGCGGGCGACAGCAAGGCCACCCUGCGCAAGCACAGCCGCGUGCACCAGGCCGAGCACCCGGAGAAGUGCGCCGAGUGCAGCUACUCAUGCUCCAGCAAGGCGGCCCUGCGCGUGCACGAGCGCAUCCACUGCGCCGAGCGCCCGUUCAAGUGCAGCCACUGCAGCUUCGACACCAAGCAGCCCAGCAACCUCAGCAAGCACGUGAAGAAGUUCCACGCGGACGCGGCGCAGGCCGAGGCCCUGGAGCGCAGGGACGCGGGCAGGCCGGGCGGCCGCCAGGUGGCCAGGCUGGACGCCAAGAAGACGUUCCACUGCGACUCGUGCGACGCCUCGUUCAUGCGCGAGGACUCGCUCCGCAGCCACAAGCGGCAGCACAGUGAGUACGGCGAGAGCAAGAACGCCGACGUGGCCGUGCUGCAGUUCCAGCUGGCGCCCGGCAAGCAGCCCGCCGCGCCCCUCGCCGUGGGGCAGCUGCAGGUGCCCCUGCAGCCCAGCCAGGUGCCCGCGUUCGGCGAGGGCAGGGUCAAGAUCAUCGUGGGCCACCAGGUGCCGCCGGCCGACAGCAUCGUCCAGGCCGCGGCCGCCGCCGCCGCCGCCGCGGCCGCCGCGGUCAACAUCGUGCCGCCAGCCCUGGUGGCGCAGGGCGCGGACGAGCUGCCGGGCAGCGGCCGGCUGCAGAUCCUGCGCCAGGUCAGCCUGCUGGCCCCGCCAUCCAGAGCCGGCGGAGGCGAGAGGCGGUCGGCCGAGGCGGGCGCCGUGGCGCUGCCGGCCGUGCUGCUGGCCGCCCACGACCAGACGCUGCUCCCCGCGGCCGCCGCCGGGCCCCCGGACGGCGCGGGCGGCCAGACCUUCAUCGCCGGCUCGGGCCUGGCGUGCGCCGACUUCGAGGGCCUGAACGCGCUCAUUCAGGAGGGCGCGGCCGAAGUGACCGUGGUGAGCCAUGGCGGCCAGAACCUCGCGGUGGCCACUACGGCACCACCCGUAUUCUCCUCGGCCUCGGCCCCCUCCACCUCCUCCUCCUCCUCCUCGGCCUCUUCCUCCUCCUCCUCCUCCACCUCCUCUACCUCCACCUCCACCUCCACCUCCUCGUCCUCCUCCUCCUCCUCCACCUCCUCUUCCUCCUCCUCCUCUUCCUCGCAGCAGGAUCUGCCCAAGCAGACGUUCUCCAUCAUCCCGGAGGCGGCGCCCGCGGCCGCACUCUGUCCAGCCGACUCCAUCCCGGACUAGGCGCGGGGAGCGCGGGCGGGGAACACCGGGGGCCCCUCCGCGGGGUUAUCCGGGGCUGGGGCGCUGCCUGUUUCCGGGGAUGGGGGUGCAGCCCUGCCCGGGAAGGAAUAAAUUGUGUUUUUAUAACUUGGUACCGUGGUGUCCCGAGGGGCGUGGCUCCAUCCACCUGCGGCUGCCGCGGGAUCCGGAGCAGCAGCCGAGCAGGGCCGCCGCUGGGUGCAUUCAGGUCUUCGGCAUCUUCCGGCUCUGCUGCAGGGUUCCUGCGUCUCGCCCCGGGAGUCGCCGCGGAGCUGUGGCCAUGGCCUACACGGGGACACCUGGGCCCCCAUACAAUGCUGCCCGAUAAAGCGUCCUGAAUGCGAGCGAGUCCUGAGCGUGCGGGUGGGGAUGGCCACAGAAUGACAGAGCUGGUCCCGAACGUGGCCCGAGCAUCCCCCGCCCCCCGCCCCGUCACGGGUAAAUUAGAUGCAGACCGGCGACCUGACCCCUGUUUCGGGGCGAAUGUGAUACACGCUCCCACUGACACUGCCCGCCGUCCGCUAGGAUGCUGUUUUUAAAAUACUAACACCUGGGAAUGCGGACUCCAGUGUCCGGCUGACAUUGGCAAAGCUCCUGGGUUUUUUUCCCAAAGUGUAGGAAAAUUCAAAUUGUGUUUUUGGAGUUGAAAUGCUCUUUGAUCAGGAGGUGGCGCCAGAGAGCAAGCUAGAUGCCCAGCCUUAGACCUAAAAUUCUGAUUUCUGGCAUCAGCGCAGAUUGGGGAACGGGAGGUUACUCUUGUGAGAGAGGUGUAUUUAUAACGUUCUGAGAAUACGUGGGUACGUUUUUACCAGCUUUGUUCCCCAAUGUAUAAACCUAUUUAUUCAAAAUUGUCAUCUCAUUUUAUAAGAAGCUGUGAUUUGGGGUCUUGGUAACAGCAAACCAGGGAGAUGCACAAUAGUGAGAUAAGGAACCUGGAAGCUUUGAAUGUUGGACUUGCUGUGGAGUUGGAGCCGGUAUUUCUUCUUCCUAUUGCUCUUUGAUCCUUAAUAUUUGAACAUGGUUCUGAGGAAGUGCUGUGUUUUCUUUGCCAGGAUCUAUUUUUGUAUCAGCAAUGUAGUAAGUCAGGAACUACGGUUUUAGUAAGGAAAAAGCUUAGAGUGGACAAUGUUAAUCAUUUAAAUAAUUUCAUCUCAUAUUGCUUUUAGCUCCUUUUUCAAAGAUUUAUUUAUUUAUUUAUCUGAAGGGCAGAAUUUAAAAGGGAGAAGGAGAGACAGAGAGAUGUCUUCCGUGAGUGGUUCACUCCCCAGAUGGCCACAAUGGCCAUGACACAGAUAUAAGCAUCGUAGCUGUUUAGAUGGACUUCCCUCUGAUCUUUUAUUCUAUGCUCAUAUGUGUAUUUCCCAGCCCAGUUAUAAUGUUGUAGUUUCUUUGUAUAUUCUUUAUUUUAUUUUAUAUGCUUAUAUCUUUACCUAGCAGCUGCCUCCAUUAUACGCACCAGGGUACUUCAAAAAGUUUAUGGAAAACGGAAUGAAAAUAUAGGCUUGUUUUGGUGCAAAAAAAAUUUGAAACCAUGUGUAGUUUAUCCAUGAUAUGUAUUUUCAUAAUUUCAUGCUAUGCUUUUUUCAUGAACUUUUUGAAGACCCCUUGUAUAUGCACACGUACACAUGCAUAUGUGGGUUUUUGUCUUUCAUUUUUUACAAUAGACUCUAGAGAAAGUUGUAGAAAAACCAAGCCAGCAGCUUCCAGUCCCUGCUUUGCUCCACCCAAGGUAAUGAGUUUUCUGUGUCCCACCCACAUAUGUGGACGCAAAAGGCAGCUCAGAGAAGGUUCUUCCUGUUUCCAGUGCCCAGAGUCCACGUCUUUGCAAGUUGCCUUAGCUCCUCCGUUUCCUGAGGGUCCCACAGGUCGGUACGGUGGUCCCCACGUCCUUCUUUUCCUUUAAGCACGAGGUAGCGCCAUGACUGUGCCACGCGGAGGAAAGUGGCCUACUCCCUUCCUCACUGAUCAGCCGCAGCGUCGUCCCCGCAGGUGACACUCCCGAAAGUGAGUCCCACCAGCUUCCGCUUGCAAAGACUGAUUACUUUUCAGUGUAGCUGUGGGUUGCAUCUCUCAGACUGGCCCGAGUUUGGUCCCUGCGCUGAGUGACAAGGACUCUCUGGUCCUGUGUGCUCCCCAGCUGGCCUUGUGACCCACGUUCCCCUGACGUCUGUCACUCCUCCUCCCUCAUUGCCCCCUGGGGAGUGGGAAACCAGGAUGUGUCACACACGAGGAUGGCUGGGUUCCUCCCUGCUAUCUCUUUUCACCUUUUUUUUUUUUUUAAGUUGGAACCUUUUUUUUUUAAUUUAUUUUUUGACAGGCAGAGUGGACAGUGAGAGAGAGAGACAGAGAGAAAGGUCUUCCUUUGCCAUUGGUUCACACUCCAAUGGCCACUGCGGCCGGCGCGCUGCGGCCGGCACACUGCGCUGAUCUGAAGGCAGGAGCCAGGUACUUAUCCUGGUCUCCCAUGGGGUGUAGGGCCCAAGGACUUGGGCCAUCCUCCACUGCACUCCCGGGCCACAGCAGAGAGCUGGCCUGGAAGACGGGCAACCGGGACAGAAUCCGGUGUCCGGACCGGGACUAGAACCCUGUGUGCCAGCGCCACAGGUGGAGGAUUAGCCUAGUGAGCUGCGGCGCCGGCUGUUUCUCACCUUUCUUAGUGGCAUUGCAACCAUCUUUCUUUUUUUUUUUUUAAGAUUUAUUUUAUUUAUUUGAAAGACAUUUACAGAGAGAGUUAGAGACAUAGAGAGACAGAAAGGUCUUCCAUCUACUGAUUCACUCCCCAAAAGGCCACAACAGCCAAAGCUGGGCUGAUCCAAAGCCAGGAGCUAAGAGCUUCUUCCUGGUCUUCCACAUGGGUGCAGGGGUCUGCUGCUUUCCCAGGCACAUGAGCAGGAAGCUGGAUCAGAAGCAGAGCAGCCAGGACUCGAACCUGCACCAUGUGGGAUGCUGGUGCUGCAGGCCAGGGCUUUAACCCACUGCACCACAACGCCUGCUUGGUUAGCUUGUGUUUCUGUUGCUUCACUUGUGCCUUCUGCGUUGUCUAACAUAGACCUCCUUUUGUCCUGAGAUUAAAUUUCUUUCUCUCACAUUUUUAUUGCCUGCUAGUUUGUUUUUGGUUAGCACCUACUGCAGCCAACAUCCACAUUUAUAUUUGUAAUGUAUAUAUGAUGAUGGGUGUGGCUGCCCACUUAUGCCAUAACCAUUUCUUAAAGUUCACCUUUAGUGUAAAUAAAGUUCCCAAAUCUACUAGGAUCCACUUCUGGAGUCUGUUUCGUUCUGCUGAUUCCAUGUCUCUGACUCGCCGGCAUCAAAUAUUGGAUGAUAGUAGUGUUAACAUAAGCAUUACUCAACUUAUAAAGCCUCUCUCUAACUAUUCUUUUUGAAAAUUUUCUCAGCAAUUCUUUAAUAUUCACCCUCCCAAAUGCAAUCAGUUUAUGUAGUAUCAAUCCCUUCUCCCCCCAAAAAGCCACCUUUUGGGAAUUUUGAUUGAAAUUACACUGAUGUUAUAUAUGAACUUAUGAAAAGAAUGACUUUUAAAGAAAAGGUUUGUUUUUUCAUUUGAAAUGUAGAACAAUGGAGUGGAGAUGGGGACUGAGAGAGAGAGAGAGAGAGAGAGAGAGGAGAGUUUCCAUUCUAUGUUCACUCCCCAAAAGCCACAACAGACAUGUCUGGGCUAGGCUGAAGCCAGAAGCCAGGAACUCCAUCCUGGUCUCCUACAUGGGUGCAGGGCCCAAGCACUUGAGCCGUCUCCUGCUGCCUUCCCAGGCACAUUAGCAGGGAGCUGGAUCAGAAGUACAGCAGCUGGGAUUCAAAUUGGCACUCCAGUGUGAGGUGCUUGUAUCACAAGACACAGCUUCACUCACUGUACCUCAACACCUGCCUCAAAGGAUAACUAAUAAAAUGAUCAGUUUCUCACCCAAAAAUCUUUACUCAAGUCCUCUUGUAAAAAGUAUUCAAUAAAAUUAUAUAUGUAGUUUUCUUCAUGCAUAGCCUAUUCUCACAUAAGACCAGUGUUUUCUCAUUCUAUAAUGUCAUUGAUGGGGCUGGCACUGUGGUGCAGUGAGUUAAAGCCCUGGCCUGCUGUGCCAAACAUCCCAUAUAGGGGCCGGUUCAAGCCCCAGCUGCUCUACUUCUUAUCCAACUCCUCGCUGAUGUGCCUGGGACAGCAGCAGAGGAUAGCCCAAGUCCUUGGGUCCCUGUACCCAAGUGAGAGACCCAAAAGAAACUCCUGGUUCCCAGCUUCAGAUCAGCUCAGCUCCAACCAUUGUGACCAUUUAGGGAAUGAACCAGCAAUGGAAGAUCUCUCUCUCUUUCUACCUCUCUCUGUAACUCUGUCUUUCAAAUAAAUAAAUUAAAUCUUUAAAAAUAUAUACCAUUGUAACUGUGAACAGGAUAUUUUUCAGUUUUAGAUAAUUGUUUGUUGUAAGCAUAACAUUGUCUGUACUGAACUUCUUUAGAAACAUGGCCCCUGGUGACUGGUGGCCUAGGAGACAGUCGCCUCAUUUCCACAUUGUUAACUCUCUUCCCUUACAAUGUGUAUCCAAUCUGUGUUGUUUUCUUCUGUUGCAUUCCCCAGCACAGCCAGCAUCCCUGAUGUGUCCGUGACUUUAACUGGAACGGCUUUAGAAUUUCCCAAUUUAAUGCAGUGAACACUUUCCUCUGGGGAAAGGCUUUUAAUGGGACUCGGGUCAUUUUCGUCUCCUCCAGUUUUCAGUUACAGUCUUUAUCAGAGCGGGCUGCUGACUUCUACCCAGGAUGUCUUCCCUCUGUUUUGCCUUAAUUGUUCGGGGCUUGCACUACAUCGGUCAGUUCAGUGAAUCAGUGUGAGUCGUAGCCUGGCGAUGAAUCACCUUACGACCCAGAAUGAACCCUCGCGGCGAUGUUGGAUCAUACCCACAGUGCGUCAUGGAUUUCAUUUUCUCACGUUUGUUUGGGGUUUUUGCAGCUAUGUGCACAAGUGCAGGUGGUCUCAGGUUUUCUUUUCUGUGCCGUCUCUGGAUGUUGCUGUUCUGAAAAUGAACUGGGCCGUGUCCUUCCUUUCCGGUGACCUGCAAUAGUUUGAUGGUCUCAGAGAUCGUCUGGACAGACGCCCUCACAGAGCUCCCGCUUCUCUCUGUAAUUGCCCGUCUCUGCAGGUUGUGCACCUCCUCGGGGCCCGUUUCAGUCAUUUAUAUUUUGAAAAAACAAAAAAAUUCACAUUGCUCUAAGUUUUCAAAUCUGUAGCACUAUUAUACCUUUUAAUAGUCUUAAAAUGAUUUUAAUAUCUUUGGUGUUUUGAGAUCUGUCAGCUGUCUUGGUACUACUGUAUUUUUUCACUUUAUUUUUGUAUUUUCAGUCUUAGACUUAGUUGACUGGCCAAGGGUAUAUUUACUUAGUUAUUUGUAUUAAAGUAAAAGGAGGCCGGCGCCGCGGCUCACUAGGCUAAUCCUCCGCCUUGCGGCGCCAGCACACCGGGUUCUAGUCCCAGUUGGGGCGCUGGGGUUCUGUCCCGGUUGCUCCUCUUCCAGGCCAGCUCUCUGCUGUGGCCCGGGAGUGCAGUGGAGGAUGGCCCAAGUGCUUGGGCCCUGCACCCCAUGGGAGACCAGGAGGAAGCACCUGGCUCCUGCCAUCGGAUCAUUGUGGUGCGUCGGCCGCAGCGGCCAUUGGAGGGUGAACCAACGGCAAAGGAAGACCUUUCUCUCUCUGUCUCUCUCUCUCACUGUCCACUCUGCCUGUCAAAAAAAAAAGUAAAAGGAGCUUUUGCUUUUACUUAUUCCUUCUCUACACCGCCUCAGUCUUGUUCAUUUUACCUUUCAGCUCCUAUCUUGAAUAACUACUUCCCUGCUUUUCUUGUUUUUAAAGAUUUAUUUAUUUAUUUAUUUGAAAGGCAGAGGGACAGGGAGAGAAAUAGAGAGACAGAGAAAUCUUCCUCCACUGGUUCACUCCCCAAAUGACUACAACAACCAAGGUUUGCCCAGGCCGAAGACGGGAGCCCUGGACUCCUUUUUAGUGGAUGGGUGCGAUGGCUGGGAGCAGAGUCAGAAGCCGAGCAGCCAGGACUUGAACCUGCGCUCACCUGCGCUCCUCUAUGGGCUGCGUGGCGGCAUAACCCACUGCGCCACAAGUCUGGCCCCACUCUGCUUCCCUUUCAGUUUAUUUUGUUAUAACUUCUUGAGUUCACUUAUUCAACCUUUGACAAUAAACACAUUGAAAGCUGCACAUUUUCUAUUUUAUCUGCAUGUUUGAAAGCUAAGUUUUUAAAGUAAAAAGCACAGCUGGAAUACAAAUAUAAAAUGAACAUGUGUCAAAUAUUCCGUUUAAUCAUAAAUUAAAGAGGGACUCAGGGGCCGGCAUUGUGGCACAGCAGGUCAAGCUGCCGCCUGCAGUGCCAACUUCCCAAAUGAGCACCAAAAACAUUUUGGAUAUUUUUAUUGAAAUUGCAUUGUUAUAUAUGAACCUAUGGAAAGAAUGACUUUUUUGUAAAAGAUUCAUUUAUUCGUUUGAAAGGCAGAAUGACAGAGAAGGAGAGAUACAGAAAGAGAGAGAGAGAGAGAGAGAGAGAGAGAGAGAGAGAGAGAGAUCUUCCAUCCUCUGGUUCACUCUCCAAAUGGCCACAACAGCCAGGUCUGGGCCAGGCUGAAGCCAGGAGCCUGGAACUCCACCAGGUCUUCCACAUGGGUGGCAGGGGCCCACGCACUCGAUCCACCUGCUGCUGCUUUCCCAGGCGCAUUAGCAGGGAGCUGGAUUGGAAGUGGAGCAGCUGGGACUCCAACUGGUGCUCACGUAAGAUGCCACCAUUGCAGACAGAAGCCUAGCCCACUGCGCCACAACACUGACCCCAGAAUGUAUUUUUCUAAAAUUGCAUUUUUGUAAACAGAACAAAAUAUUUAGUGAUAAAUCGACAAAUCAUUUAAGCUAGACUGCAAGAUCACUUUUUGUGUAUCAUAGCUAAUAAAUUAUGACAUCUGUCCUUCUCA